CAAAUACCGCCACUGUUCCAGAUCAUCGCUUUGUGCGCCUUCGCGGCAGUAGCUCAGGCCGGUCUCUUGGUUGAACCACACUACUCCUCGGCUGCCGCCGUCUCCUCGCAGAGCAUCGUGCGCCACGACCAGCCCCAGGCCGUAGCCCACAAGCUGGUGGCUGCCCCCGACGCCUACCACGCCGCUCCUGCUUAUGUCGCCUACCACGCCGCUCCCGCUCCCGUGACCUAUCACGCUGCUCCCGCCUCCAUCGCCUACCAUGCUGCUCCUGCCGCUGUUCACUAUGCCGCGCCCGUCGCUAAAGUUGUUGCCCACCACGAGGAAGAAAUUGCUCACCCCAAUUACGAGUACACUUACUCCGUGGCUGACGGACACACUGGCGACAACAAGUCCCAGCAGGAGACCCGCGACGGAGAUGUCGUGAAGGGCUCUUACUCUUUCCACGAGGCUGACGGCUCCAUCCGCACCGUGGAGUACACCGCUGACGACCACAACGGCUUCAACGCGGUGGUGCACAACACCGCCCCCACCCACGCGCCCGCCAUCAUCAAGGCCGCUCCCGUCCUAGUCAAGGCUGCGCCCGUCUAUGUCGCUCACGCCUACUACCACCAUUUGGUGGUAGUAGGCGGGAGCGGCGUAGACGGGCGCAGCCUUGAUGACGGCGGGCGCGUGCGUGGGGGCGGUGUUGUGCACCACCGCGUUGAAGCCAUUGUGGUCGUCUGCGGUGUACUCCACGGUGCGGAUGGAGCCGUCAGCCUCGUGGAAAGAGUAAGAGCCCUUCACGACAUCUCCGUCGCGGGUCUCCUGCUGAGACUUGUUGUCGCCGUUUUCGCCACAACUUACGAUUUCUUCCUCAUGAUGGGCUACUACUUUAGCGAUAGGGGCAGAAUAGUGAAUGGCAGCAGGAGCAGCGUGGUAGGCGAUGGGGGCGGGCGCGGCGUGGUACGUGACGGGAGCAGGAGCGGCGUGGUAGGCGACAUGAGCGGGAGCGGCAUGGUAGGCGACGGGGGCAGCCACCAACUUGUGGGCCACGGCCUGGGGCUGGUCGUGGCGCACGAUGCUCUGCGAGGAGACGGCAGCGGCCGAGGAGUAGUGCGGCUCAACCAGGAGACCGGCCUGGGCCACAGCCGCAAAGAAAGUAGCAAAAUGUUCUCGAAAAUCGUGGCUCUUUGCGCGUUCGUGGCGGUUUCCCAGGCGGGUCUCUUACCUGGGCCCCAAUACUCCCACGCCGGAGCCGUCUCAUCCCAAAGCAUCGUGCGUCACGAUGAGCAGCCCCAUCACUCCGCCAAGUUGAUUGCCGCCCCCGUCGCCUACCAUGCUGCCCCCGCUCCCGUUGUCUACCACCACGCCGCUCCCGCUCCUGUCGCCUACCACGCUGCUCCCGCCAUCCACUAUGCUGCCCCCAUCGCUCACCAUGAGGAAGAAAUCGCAUACCCUAAAUACGAGUACACUUACUCCGUGGCUGACGACCACACCGGCGACAACAAGUCCCAGCAGGAGACCCGCGACGGAGAUGUCGUGAAGGGCUCUUACUCUUUCCACGAGGCUGACGGCUCCAUCCGCACCGUGGAGUACACCGCUGACGACCACAAUGGCUUCAACGCGGUGGUGCACAACACCGCCCCCACGCACGCGCCCGCCAUCAUCAAGGCCGCUCCCGUCCUCGUCAAGGCUGCGCCCGUCUACUACCACCACUAAACUGUUAUUUUGGUAUAGGAAAUGUUAUUUAUUGUAAAUAUAGAUUCUUGCGAAUGAUAAAU